UGUGAUUCUGCCGAGAGCUCGCGUUACCAAAAGGAGUUUCUUGUGCAUUCCGUCAAGCCACCCUACUCCUACAUUGCCCUGAUUACUAUGGCCAUACUCAAUGCUCCGAACAGCCGACUCACGUUGUCUGGCAUCUGUGACUUCAUCUCCUCGCGUUUUCCCUACUACCGUGAACGCUUCCCCUCCUGGCAGAACUCCAUUCGACACAACCUCUCCCUCAAUGACUGUUUCGUUAAAGUGCCCCGUGAAGCCGGCAGCAUGGGGAAGGGAAAUUACUGGACGUUGGACCCCAAUUCCAAAGGCAUGUUCACAAAUGGCAGUUUUCUACGACGGCGUAAACGUUAUAAGCGCACUCAGACCAGCUCUUGUAAAGCCCCGCAUGCAAGUAGGUUUCCAAUGCAGACUCCGGUUCCAGAAAUAAUGCUUCCCGGUUCAAGGGAAACGCAGGAACCGUUGGAGCCAUCAAAUUCACCCAGUGACGAUGUUUUGCCUUUGGAUUUGGUUAUGACCUCUUCUCCCAAUAACUUGCCCCAGCAUCGGUUGCAUGAGAACGAGCAUCUGGAACUCCAUGUUUCCCGCCAACCUUCGGUAUCUCGUCCAUCGGCCUUUUCAAUUGAGUGCAUAAUCGGUAAAUGGGAUGAGCCGUCGGGUAGUUAA